UUGAGUUUGAAGCGAUGUGACUCUUUAUAUGCUACAUUUUGCAUUUUAUCAAAUAUAAUUCGGGUCGGGUUUAAGCUGGUAAUUAAUUAUGCGUGCUCUUGUUGCGGAUUUCGGGUUUGGGUGGAAAAAUCCGAACCCAACGGGUGUGAGUUUUAUUUUCUCAUCCGAACAACCUUUGAGUUUGGGUUUGAGUUCGGGUGGUGAUUUCGGGUGUGAGUUUGAGUAGUAUCAAACCCGCACCCAUGGACAUCAUUGCCAUCCCUAUGACAAGAAUUUCACUUUGAAUAAGUGGGUGUAACAUUCAAAUUCUAAUCGCUACAUAUUAUAUGCAAUGUCCUUAUGAGUUAUCCUCGCGAGAUCUAUUUACACAAUUUUUUUAUUUUUUUGGUAAAGGACCCACUUAUACUAUUCCACGGUUCAUAUUUUUGUUAAACGUAGUUUCACGUUAGUUGCGAGAUGACACGUAUAUAUAUAAAUAAACUAUAUAUAAUCUUGACUGCCAAUUUCAUAAGGAUGAAUUAGACCCGCUCUCAAUUCUAAAUUUUUUGAAUCAAUAUCUUAAUUAGAUAAUACCAAUAAUCCGCAGCAAAUUGGAAUUUGGUUAUGGAAUUCCAACUUUAGCAAAAAUAUUAAUCUAAUCAUUGAUACGCGCAUUGAAGUUUGAUCACCUCAUACGCACCUAAGCGGAAAAAGACUAGAAAAGCACUUAAUGUUGAAUUAGUUCCAAAUAUCUAGUGAAUUUUUCCUGUCCACAUAUUUCAUUCUAGUUCAUUCAAAAUCAUAUAAGCCUAAACACAAAUCGAAGAAUCAAAUUUAUACACAUCAAUGAAUCAAGUCAAUAUAUGCAUCCAUCUAUUGAAAACAAAAAGACAUGACACAUAAUUUCAAGACAUGAGCUACCUAUAUAUAUAAAUAAUACAUGUCAUUCAUAAUCAUUUCAAAUGUUACCAAAAUAAGUGCAAAUUAAGAAAUUAACCAAAUCUUUGUAAUUAAGGAAAAUGGAAGAUGCAAAUAAGAAGGGAGAUGAAGAAGUUAAGUACCGUGGUGUUAGAAGAAGGCCAUGGGGAAAAUUUGGGGCAGAGAUUAGGGAUCCAACAAAACCUACCGGAAGACAAUGGUUAGGAACAUAUGACACAGCCGAGGAAGCUGCGAGAGCUUAUGAUUGUGCUGCCAUUCGUUUGCGGGGUGCUCUUGCCAUUCUUAAUUUUCCUGAUGAAUAUUAUUUUCAUCUUUCUUCUUUAUCAUCGUCGUCGAUAUCAUCAUCUACUUGUGGCAUUGCAAGCAGUUCUUCUACACAACAUAAGGAAGUUAUUGAGUUUGAGUAUUUGGAUAAUAAGGUGUUGGAAGAUCUUCUUGCUCCGUCGAAAGAAGAGAAUGAAAAUAAAAAUCAUUAACAUUAAUCUACAAUCUUCUACUAAUGACACGUAACAAAAUUUAAAGCAUUUGUUUCAUGUCAUUUUUCCCUCAACAUUUGUGCAAUCUUGCACGACAUAUUUACUACCAAUACUUCAAACUUUUUCUUAAUAAAAGGUAAAUGUUAAAGAAUGAGAAUUUGUUAGCAUCAACGUUUCAACUCAUAGCACUGGACUAUAACUCUGGGAACAAUACUCUAAACUUGUAUCUUACAUUGUUUUCAAAGUUUAGAUUAAUCUCCUAAAAAAUCUUAGUUCGACUUUCCCUCAUCGGGACUUUAGGAGUUUUUCAAAUUUUUAAUCAUCGUCGAAGGGAUAAGGAUAAUAAGGAUGUAAGCAUCACGUAGAAAAUAAAGUUUAAAAAUACAAUUAAUUGCAGCUUAAAAUUUACAUCUAAUUCUUUUUCUACUUCAUUGUUCCAAAUUCUCAAUGGAAGAUCCCAUAACCAAAGAGAAAGAUGCAUGAACCUUUUCCAUGUUCUUGAAAGACCUCUAUGAAAGGGAAUAUAUUUGAAGGGUAUAUUUUGGAUUCCAUAACCAACGAGGCCGAUGUUAAUUCAAGUCCAAUUAGUGAUUUAGGUAUAUUUUCAACACAUGUUCAAUGCAUGCUUUAUCAAUGUAUAUUUGAAGAGGAUUCUAGAUCUUUCUAGAAGAUGUCCCUUUCAUAGAGGUCUUUCAAGAACAUGGA